AUGCGAGCACGUUUUAUCACCAUAACAGCUGCAGCUAUUCUGACUUUAUCAGCCAUGUCGGCACAAGCUGCUCCAGCACGAAUUAUUGGCCGUUGCGACAACAGUGUUUCGACCGAAGGAAAUACGAGCAUUGACACGCACAAGUCGUCAAUAACCGCAGACAACUCUACGCUCCCUCACCGCGAUGAUUCCGAUUCCGAGGAUGAUGAAGAAGAAGAAGAAGACGAAGACAAAGGCGACGACGAAGAUACAAAUGGUCGUUCUGGUGCAGGGCAUGGAAAGAGCGGUAAAAAGAAUGGACAUGAAGGCAACGACCAUCAGGACAAAAACCCUGCCAGCACAGGAAGUACGCACGAUGGAAAUCACCGUGGUCGGUUAAGCAGCGGCGAUAGCCAGCGAGGAAAUAAUGGAAAAAACGGACAUAACGGAAAAGGUCAUCAUCAGACUCAACAACAGCAAAAAAAUGAAGACAUUGGAGGAGCAGCCGGCAAUAACGACCAUCGAAGUGGAAGCGGCUCUCGUGAAGGCGGUGAAGGCGGUGAAGGCGAACGCGGUCAAGGUGGUGAAGGCGAACACGGUCAUGGUAGUGAAGGCACCACUGGAGGAGCAGCCGGUAAUAACGACCAUCGAGGUGGAAGCAGCUCUCAAGAAGGUGGUGAAGGCGAACACGGUCAAGGUAAUGAAGGCACCACUGGAGGAGCAGCCGGCAAUAACGACCAUCGAGGUGGAAGCAGCUCUCAAGAAGGUGGUGAAGGCGAACACGGUCAAGGUAAUGAAGGCACCACUGGAGGAGCAGCCGGCAAUAACGACCAUCGAGGUGGAAGCAGCUCUCAAGAAGGCGGUGAAGGCGAAGGCGGUCAAGGUGGUGAAGGCACCACUGGAGAAGCAGCCGGCAAUAACGACCAUCAAGGUGGAAGCAGCUCUCAAGAAGGUGGUGAAGGCGAACGCGGUCAAGGUGGUGAAGGCACCACUGGAGGAGCAGCCGGCAAUAACGACCAUCGAGGUGGAAGCGACUCUCAAGAAGGCGGUGAAGGCGAAGGCGGUCAAGGUGGUGAAGGUGAACACGGUCAAGGUGGUGAAGGCACCACUGGAGAAGCAGCCGGCAAUAACGGCCAUCAAGGUGGAAGCGGCUCUCAAGAAGGCGGUGAAGGCGAACGCGGUCAAGGUGGUGAAGGCACCACUGGAGAAGCAGCCGGCAAUAACGACCAUCGAGGUGGAAGCAGCUCUCAAGAAGGCGGUGAAGGCGAACACGGUCAAGGUGGUGAAGGCACCACUGGAGGAGCAGCCGGCAAUAACGACCAUCGAGGUGGAAGCAGCUCUCAAGAAGGUGGUGAAGGCGAAGGCGGUCAAGGUGGCGAAGGCACCACUGGAGGAGCAGCUGGCAAUAACGACCAUCAAGGUGGAAGCGACUCUCAAGAAGGCGGUGAAGGCGAAGGCGGUCAAGGUGGUGAAGGUGAACACGGUCAAGGUGGUGAAGGCACCACUGGAGAAGCAGCCGGCAAUAACGACCAUCGAGGUGGAAGCAGCUCUCAAGAAGGUGGUGAAGGCGAAGGCGGUCAAGGUGGCGAAGGCACCACUGGAGGAGCAGCUGGCAAUAACGACCAUCAAGGUGGAAGCGACUCUCAAGAAGGCGGUGAAGGCGAACGCGGUCAAGGUGGUGAAGGCGAACACGGUCAAGGUGGUGAAGGCACCACUGGAGGAGCAGCUGGCAAUAACGACCAUCAAGGUGGAAGCGGCUCUCAAGAAGGCGGUGAAGGCGAAGGCGGUCAAGGUGGUGAAGGCACCACUGGAGAAGCAGCCGGCAAUAACGACCAUCAAGGUGGAAGCGACUCUCAAGAAGGCGGUGAAGGCGAACGCGGUCAAGGUGGUGAAGGCACCACUGGAGAAGCAGCCGGCAAUAACGGCCAUCAAGGUGGAAGCGGCUCUCAAGAAGGCGGUGAAGGCGAACGCGGUCAAGGUGGUGAAGGCACCACUGGAGAAGCAGCCGGCAAUAACGACCAUCGAGGUGGAAGCAGCUCUCAAGAAGGCGGUGAAGGCGAACACGGUCAAGGUGGUGAAGGCACCACUGGAGGAGCAGCCGGCAAUAACGACCAUCGAGGUGGAAGCAGCUCUCAAGAAGGCGGUGAAGGCGAAGGCGGUCAAGGUGGUGAAGGCACCACUGGAGAAGCAGCCGGCAAUAACGACCAUCAAGGUGGAAGCGACUCUCAAGAAGGCGGUGAAGGCGAACGCGGUCAAGGUGGUGAAGGCGAACACGGUCAAGGUGGUGAAGGCACCACUGGAGGAGCAGCUGGCAAUAACGACCAUCAAGGUGGAAGCGGCUCUCAAGAAGGCGGUGAAGGCGAACGCGGUCAAGGUAGUGAAGGCACCACUGGAGGAGCAGCUGGCAAUAACAACCAUCAAGGUGGAAGCGGCUCUCAAGAAGGCAGUGAAGGCGAGCACGAUCAAAGUGAUGGACGCGUUAUUGGAGAGGCCAGUAUAAGCAAUGAUCGAAACAGCGACCAGAGAGGUGAUAGAAACAACAACGCUCAACAAGGAGUUGAAGUUGAACAGGGCAAGGAAGGAGGUGAUAUGUAG